GGCAGCGAUCCGACGUACGGAGAUAUUUUAGCCAAUGAAUCGUGAAACGUGCAACAAAUAAUAGUUUUUGGUAGUAGAGUGCGUCGAAAAAAUGUGGCAAAUCCAACCGAAGAAAUUAAAGAAUCUUCUCUAGGUUUUUAUUUAUUUUUUUGUUUAGCUACGAUCAGAAUUUCAUGUGAUUAUUGCUUUAAUAUAGGCCAGUUACGACCGGAAAAGUUGGCAACACUGUUUAUGCCACCGCGGCUAACGUGUGAGAAUCGGUAAAGUUCGAUUAGGAAACCACAAAUCUUUAUCAGUGUUUACGUAAUUGCCAAAACAACAAACCAUAGUUACUACUAGUAGGUUAAAUAAUUUUUUUGUUCUUGUGCCGCGAGUGAGUGAGGAAAAGCAGCCAAGGAAAACGGAAAAACUGCAGCGUGGAAAAUACGCAAAACUACCUGUUGGAGAUACGAGAUCUAUUUCUCUCUCUCUCUCUCUCUCUCUCUAUAUAUAUAUCUCUAUCUCAUCGGGGAUUUAUUGAAGGUCGCGCCGGUGCCCGUGACCAGUGCACGUGCGUUUUUCCACCAAAAUAUCCAUAAAAAAAUAAAGGAUAUAUAGUAAUAAAAAUAAAAGAUAAAUACAAGUCACUAUGGCUUCCUCAGAGAGGCUGCGCCUUAUCCCGCUUAUUAUCCCGUGCCUAAUCCUGCCCUGGCUCAGCGCCGGCUUCAACCUCGAGCAGCGGCUGCCCAUUGUCAAGUUCGGGCACCAGCACUCGCACUUUGGCUACUCGGUGGCCACCCACACAAUUGGCGAGGCCCAUUGGCCCAACAAGACGAAUUGUAUUCUAGUGGGAGCUCCCCUUGAUCAAAAUCGACAGCCCAACACCUCACACUCUGGAGCUCUGUGGCGGUGUCCGAUAACCUCAGGUUUCGAUGACUGCGAACAGGUGAUCACCGAUGGAAGACGCUCACCGAGCGGAGUAUAUGAGACUAAUAAGACCUUCGAUAGCGAAAUCCUGUCACCGCCCUCAGAUGACGAAAUCAAGGAGGGCCAGUGGAUGGGGGUUACAGUGAGAUCGAAUCCUUUGCAGGCCAAUGGAUCUGGCGGCAAGGUUUUAGUUUGCGCCCAUCGCUAUAUGUUUGUGGUACGGGAGAAUCGUCAUGGUCAGGGUCUGUGCUAUCUCCUCACCAACGAUCUGCAGUUCGAAGAGGUCUACGAGCCUUGUAAAGGGCGGCCUGUAAAACGACAACACGAGGACUAUGGAAUGUGCCAGGCGGGCACAUCGGGCGCCCUCCUCGACGACGACACCAUGGUGCUGGGCUCACCCGGACCCUCCACGUGGCGCGGCUCCAUUUGGGUGACCCAGGUGGGCGGCGAGUAUCUGCAGCGGGACAAGACGACCUACUAUAGCAAUCAUGCGGAUGUGGGUUCCCCGGUGGACAAGUACAGUUACUUGGGAAUGUCCGUAACAGGUGGACGUUUCUUUGGUCACAUGUCGUAUGCGGCAGGAGCACCACGUUCCGAGGGUCAUGGCCAAGUUGUGAUCUUUGAUAAAUCCAGCGAGAAUCCCAUACCAGUGCACAUGAUCCUCGAUGGCGAACAGUUUGGCUCCAGCUUUGGCUACGAACUGGCCACCGCCGAUGUGAAUGGCGAUCUUCGACCGGACCUCAUUGUGGCCGCUCCGCUGUACUUUAGCAAAUCCGAGGGUGGAGCUGUGUAUGUGUAUCAGAAUCAAAAGGAUUCGCUGCCGCUAAAGUAUACCCAGAGGCUAACGGGGACGCUGGAGAGUAGGUUUGGCUUGGCGCUGGCCAAUAUCGGGGAUCUGAACAAGGACCAUUGCGAUGAUCUGGCAGUGGGUGCACCCUACGAGGACAGAGGCGUUGUGUACAUCUAUCUGGGCUCCCGCGAGGGACUCAACACCAAGCCGGCCCAGAAGAUUCAAGCCUCGGACUUGGGUGGCAUUAUGCCCCGGGGUCAGCCACCGAUACGCACCUUUGGCAUUUCCAUCUCAGGCAAUACCGAUCUUGAUGACAACUCGUAUCCGGAUGUGGUCAUUGGGGCCUUCAACUCCUCGGCGGCAGUUAUACUACUGGCCCGACCUAUCAUUAGUAUCCAGACGAAAGUCCUAAGGGAGGAGCUACGCAACAUGGAUCCCAAUCAGCCCGGCUGCAAGGCGGAUGCCUCCAGCAAUCUCACCUGCUUCUCCUUCGAUGCCUGCUGCAGCAUUGAUCCGUACGAUGAGAAGAGCAAGGAACUCCGUCUGGCCUAUAGUGUCGAGGCUGAGACCUUUGAUCAUGCCAAGAAAUUUUCCAGAGUUUUCUUUGAUCGCGAGAAUAAGCGUAGCAAUGUCCUCGGCCGCGUGGUGACUGUCCGAACCGAUGGAAAGAUUGCCUGUCAAAGGGUCACGGGUUAUAUCAAGGCCAACACAAGGGAUAUACAGACGCCGGUUCGUUUCCGGCUCAAGUAUUCGCUGGUGGAGCCACCUCUGGCCGAAUCCGCUUUGGUACACCUCAAUCCUAUCUUGGAUCAGACCCAGGCACACAUUGAUUUCGAGGGCACCUUCCAGAAGGAUUGCGGCGAUGAUGAUCUCUGUGAGAGUAACUUGAUUAUAAGGGCAGAGCCGAAUAUCACACGUUCCGGAAAGGAAGAGUACACCCUGAUCCUGGACGAAACGGAGCUGGAGGUGCGCAUCAAUGUGAGCAAUCUGGCGGAUUCGGCCUACGAGGCUCAGUUGUUUAUCCAGCAUCAGGCGGGAGUCUCCUAUGUGGCCACCAAGAAGCCGACCAAUGCCACCUGCAAUAGCUUCAAUACCACCCUGGUGGCCUGCAGUCUGGGCAACCCAAUGCUGCGUGGCGCCACCACCUUUGUGACCAUUCGGUUCCAGCCCAAGGGCCUGGAGCCCGGUGAAAAAUCCAUGUUGUUCCAUAUCUUUGCCAAUACCACCUCCAAACUGGUGGGUUCUGAGCCACCAGAGCGGGAUCUUCAUGUAAAGGUUGUGCGCCAGGCCAAGCUCAAUUUCCGGGGUUGGCCCAAGCCGGAGCAAAGUUUCUACAGUUCAGCCACCGUGAAAAAGAGCAAUCAAGGUGUGAUUUCGGGACCUGAUUCGGAUGGAUCUUCCUCCUCCUCUACUUCACCCAUGGAAAUGGAAGAUGUGGGCUCUCAGGUUAGCCAUAGCUUCACCGUCUUUAAUGAUGGUCCCUCGACAGCGCCCAAGGUCCACAUGGUUAUCCAAUGGCCACUGGCCUUGUACAGUGAUCCCCAGAGCAAUCGCCUGGAUCAGUAUCUGUUGUAUCUGGAGCAAAUACCCACCGUUGAGGUGGGCGUAGGCGAGUGUCGCGUACCGCCCCAGUAUGUCAAUCCACUGGGAUUGACCACGGGCUCGAGGGAGGCUCAAGGUUACCUCAGUGCCCCAGCCCAGAUGCGUAUGUAUCCAUCAACGGUGGGUGGAAGGCGGCACAACAAGAGCAUGAUGGUGCAGCACACACAAAGAAGCUAUUAUUCCGACGAUGAGGAGGACUCCAGCCAAAGAACACAGCAUCACCAGAACCGGAUAAAGCGCAGUUUUCUGGAGCGUGUCACCCGCUUGGAGCGUCUGACAUACGAUCCCGAGGGAGGUAACUCCAACUCCGCCGGCAACAGCAACGGCAAUGGCAAGAAGCAGGACAUCGUGGAGCUGGAGUGCAACAAGGGUACAGCGCGUUGCAUUCAGAUCGAUUGUGAGAUCUGGAACAUGCCCGCCCGGUCCGAGGCCCAAGUGGUGGUCACCGCUCGCCUGUGGAACUCCACGCUGGUCAAUGAAUACCCUCGAGUGGAUCGUGUGCGCAUCAUAUCCUCGGCGACAGCGCAAAUACCCGAUGACUAUGGUGUGGAGGUCAUGGAACGUAAUAACUGCGAGGUGGAGACCCGUGCCUAUCCAGAGUUACGGAAUCAGCAGCGCGAUACCUCGAUACCCUGGCUAAUUAUAAUCCUGGGCAUCGUUGGUGGCCUGCUUCUGCUGGCCCUCUUCACGUACUGCCUGUGGAAGUGUGGCUUCUUCAAGCGCAUCCGUCCAACGGAUCCCACGCUUAGCGGCAAUCUGGAGAAGAUGAACGAGGAGAAACCCUUCCUGGCGGCAAAGAAUACCCAUCAUGUUUUCUAACAAGAGGGCACCGUUGGUUGGGAUUUGGUGCGUCGGAGGCGUAGGCGGCGACGCCGUCUAAUUGCUGCAUUGCAUCAUUUACCCUCGGUUGUUACCGGUGCGCCGCCUUCACGCCAGGGCUGGCGCAAAGCUCCGAACAACCAUAACAAUAAUAAUAAUCAUAAUAAUAGUAGCAACAACAACAACAACAAUAAUGACAGCGAUGUGGAUGUGGAGUCGCUAACGCCGCCACCGCCACCGCUGAGCAUCCUAAGCUGGGGCAACGAUGGCUACUAUCAGGCAAGCGCCGCCUGGUGGGGUCACAUGUGAGCGGGGAAGAGGGGUUAGGAUCAUAUGGGUUGUGGUUCAAUGUGCCAUUUCGUUUACUUAAUGCAACAGGCUAAGUUCAGUUCAGAUCAAAGGCGAGAUCGGAAAUAACUUAAUACGAAAACCAUUUAUAAAAUUUUAAAAAAUCACGUAGAGAGUUACACACAAAAAUGUUAUACCUUAUGUUAUAAACCACCCAGAGCACUAAAUAUCUCAUGGCCUGACUUUUUUGUGACAUUUUCAAUCGAUUUCCAUUUGUUUUUCUCGAUAUUUCGCCAAUGUUCAGUGCUGAGCUUUAGUCCAACGAUUUAGCUAAGCCCCCAAAACGUUUAAAAAUUUCUUUGUAAAAAUGUUCAUUUGUCAUAUAUAGAAGUUAUAAGUUAAACCGACGCUAAGCUAGGGUAAGAAAAAAAAAAAAAAACAGAAAACAGAGAGAGAAACACCGAAAAUUCCGAAUAUAGCAUACACAACAUAGAUCGAUAAAAACACUGCCAAUCGACUAGAAUAAAUAUUGAUUCGAAAUCAAAAUCAAUACGUAAACACUUCAUGAAAAAAACUAUAUAAAAAAAAAAGAACGAAAGUAUUAGCACAAACUUAACGCCUAACUUAUGGACUGUUUAGAUGGCCCAAAAGAAAUCCACAAGCAACAGAAUAAUCGUUAUUUCGUUUAUCUUUCUACUUGUUUUUAUACUAUUUUUUUUUUUAAUAAAAUAAAUUAAGAAGAGAACAUUUUAAAAUAUGUAAAGAUGAUGCACGUUUUUGUAUGUAUGUAUGAUGUCUGUGUGUGGUAGGGAGACGAUUGUAGUUAAAUUAGUUUGUAAAUAAUAUUACGAUAUGCUUUAGUUACUAGCUGUAAAUAGUAAUUAUUCCUUUAUCUUUAUCUAUUUAAUAUACCAUGCUUUUUUUUAAACAA